CAAUUCAUCAUUUUGCCAACAUGGCCGCACGGUCUCCCGAUCCGCGGACGGCGAAAAGAGGACCCAGUGUCUUAGAUAUGGACACAGGACAGCUCUUUGAGACGUAUACCAUUGAGGAGAUACGCAAGAUAGAGCGAGAAACAAGGUCUGACAUUGAAAAGAAAAAGGAAGACCUGAGGCAAAUGGUGGGUGAACGUUAUCGUGACCUGAUUGAUGCAGCGGAUACCAUCUCAGACAUGAAAGCAUGCACUGAAAAGAUUGUGUCGGCUGUCCAGGGCAUGCAGGGCUACUGCACCAAGCUACAGAAGACCCACAUGGUGAAGGGUGUUCUGGCUUCUCCAAGAGUUAAACCAGAAAGGUCGUCCCAGAAUGACUUCUACGCCAUUGCUUCUCAAACCAAGCUGCUGAUGGAUAUGCCUGAGAAGAUUUGGAGUGCCAUUGAGAGUAGUGAACACCUGCAAGCAACUGAGCUGUAUCUGCUGGCAUGUCACAUUGUCAGCAGUCUACAGCUAGACAGCAACACGCAGCAAUCUGCACAGCUCUUGGCCUGGUUCCCUGUACUGUCACGGCAGUGGGCUGCUAUUAGCCACUUCAAGGCUGGUAUACUGCAGAGUUGUAGGAAAUUGCUGAAAAAUGGCAGCGUUUCGGAUCAGGCAACAGCUGAAGCCCUGUGUUCUAUCAUGCUAUUGGAGGAAGGCUCACCACGUCAGGUGUUCACUGAAUUCCUGCUUGCAAGAAAGGCGGCAGUCCAACAAUGCUUCCAUGCCAGUCAGCAUGGUAUGGGUGUUAAAGGCCAAAUAUGCAGUGUGAUUGAACUGAUAUGUGUGACAGUGAAGCAGAUCUACGCAGUGUUCUACCAUCAACAGGACAACCCGGAUGAAGCUCAUUCCAACCUGUUGCUGAAGACACUACAAGAAGUGACAAGUGAGCAGCAUGCAUCUAACAAGAAAAAAGGUAUCCUCCAGAACGAGAUGAUGUCAGCUUCCUUCACAAAGCAUCUUCCAAGCUCUGUCAUCAGUUUCCGGCCGUCACCUCGUACUCCUAGCACCACCAUUGCCCCGACCUACUUACAGCAGAGUGUUGAGCAGUGGGUGGAGACCUGUAUACAAGACGUGCAUAGUGGUGUCGGCAAGCUGCUGAACCAUGUGACGUCUAUGAAGGCACUGGCUGCGAUACGGGACGCCGUGUGGGACAUGUUGGCUGAGGAUGACAGUGAUAUCAGUUGGUCCACUGUCUGCCAGUGUGUGUUAGACAGACACCUGUCGCUGUGGGGCGAAUUCAUCAGACCACUCUUCCUCACUAGAGUCCAGGCCAUUAUCCAGGAUGCCUUGGACCAGACCUCCACCGGCACCCAGCGCCACACCCAGCAGGCCCUGGCUGACCUAGGCUCCCUGUCUGCUGAGCAGGAUAUAGCUGCCUAUGUGUGGGCUGAGGCACCCACUGACACCCCUAGCCCAGCAGCAUGGAAGGGUGGAGGGUCACUGGGUAGGCAACAUGCUGGUGAACCCGGGGGGCUGUAUAUGAAGGCUAGGGCUUUCACACCCAGGACUCAAGGAAUCUGCACCACCCUGGACAGCCAACUCAACUCCCUCUUGGAAGACAUGGCUCAGUACACAGAGAGCCCCACCCCCCAGCCCAGGCUCCCCACCCCCCAGCCCAGGCUCCCCACCCCCCUACCCAGGCUGCCUGCUGGGGAGAAGGUUACUGCCAAGGGGGCUGAACCUUUUGACAAGUUUGCUGACACUGUGACAUUACAGAGCUUCCUGCAAAUCUCCUGUGAAACCUGUCUGCAAAGAUUGUUGAGUUUCUUCAGUAGGCAGUUGGAGGAGACCAAAUCUCAGCUGGAUGCCUGCCUUCACUUAGGACAGACGGAGCAGAGCUCUCAGAUUGUGGACAGGGCUUUGUUUCUGGGUCGUCUCUGCUCAGCCAUCGUGGAGCUGUGUCCCAAUCUGCAGAAGACUGCAAACAUAGCUGAGCCUGAGUCUAAGCCGGCCAAGCCUGAACCACAGAGUUGGCUGAAAAGCAAAUUGAUGGGGAAGCGAACUUCUAGCAAGACAGCAGAGAUUAUUGAGGAGACAGAGUGGGACAAACUGAAAGCACUCCUGCUGCAACAGAGCAAAGAUGCUUACAGGGUGUGGAGUGAUUUCACUGCAUCCAGGGUCUUGGCUGAUUUCAGCAAGUGCCUGACGGACUCCAGCAGUGAGGCAGCUCUGAAGGCCGCUACGCAUUGGGAUGCCAUUGAGAUACAAGAAGAGUCGGAAGAAGGCAAGAGGGUGACCUCCAAGGUCCACUUACCUGUGCAGGCAUCAUGGUAUGUCCAAACUGUGCUGUACUCACUGUGUGAAGAGAUCAACAGAGUUGGUGGCCAUGCUUUGUCUCGCAUGAUCCUGUCAGGUCUGAUCCAACACACCAGUGACAGUAUCCUGAGUCUGUACAAGAAGCACCUUGAUGGUCACUGCAGUAAGGGGUCUCGGCUGAUCCUGUCCCAGCCUCAGGCCCUCCAGCUACUCUUUGAUGUCCGCUUUGUUGCCACCAUCAUGUCUGGACGUGGAGAGGAUGCCAAGAUGCUGUUGGGUGCUCUGGCCAGCCCUGACAAGCACCUGUAUUCCUCUCACCGCGCCGUGCCAUCAGGCUACCAGGAGCAGCAUAACGUGCUACCCUUGGCAAGCAGUCAGGGUCGCUUCAGCCUACUGCCUCUCAGUACCAGCUCAUCACAGUCAAUGCAGAGGACGCUCCCACGGCCGCUGCCACAUCCUGCAUCCCCAGCAGUCAUCCACCAUCAGGACCCGUCCUCCCCACCUCCCAUUCUCCACAAGUCUCGCACCGCCCCUUCCUCCCUCUACUCCAAGUUUGGCUCUCUGAAGACUGGCUGGCUGGCCAACAUCGGCGGCGCUCAAUAAACGUGGACCAGUGACAAGGUCAGUGCACUGGGGAGAUGGAGGGAUUUAACAGGCGAGUCCGGAACUAGGUCGCUCUGCAUCGUUGGUCUUCUCCUUUCCUGUGGGCUUUGCUGUGUCUGAUCUACCAUGAUCACGGAGAGAAAACAAGAAACGAUGGAGAAAAUAUAAAUCAAGGUACACAUGGGGAUGUUGAAGAUUUAACAGCACAGAACGGCAUUAACGCCCCCACAAUACUUCACGUUAUAAACGUACAACAUUGAAAACAUUGAUCACUACAAUAAGGAAGAUGUAAAAUGGGACUUCAAAUGGGGAACUUGACAUUAUAAGUGUCAUUACUUGGGCUAUUUCCUUGCUCUUUAAAAGUGCUUGGGUACAAUUUGUAGACAGGAUGUUGGAGCCUCAUUUACUGAGUGGUCAUUCAAUGGUUUUGGGCCGUUGUAUCAACAGUGCAAUGCCCACACAAUACAAUUAAAAGCUCUUUUUGUGUAUGUUGGGGGAGGGGUGGGGAGCCACCAAAUUUGAUUUGAGUUGAUUUUUGUUUUGAUUUGAUUUACUUCCAAUCUGCAGAAUUAUCUGCAGAACAAUUGAAAUUAACAGAAUAUACAAGAAGUUACACUCAUUUGCCCCAGACUGUUCUUAACUGACAUACAUGUAACUUUCAGUGCAUUCCUCGCUUUACAUUAUUUAUUUGUUAUAACUCAAAAUGUUCAGAACGUCUUUUCAAAAUAUUUAUGUAGAAGAGGCAACUAUAGAAAUGACAUUUUAUGCUUUGUGACAGAAACCAAGAAAUUAUCCUGCCCCAAAGGCCAAAUGUAGCAAAAUAUUCAUGCGUAUCACAAAUGAAUUGUAACUUAGUUUGAAGUAAGCACGCCCACUUUUGCAAAUAAGGACCCACCUAUCCUGAUGAUGAAGAGUUGUGUAAGUGCCACAUAUGCAGCCAAGUUGAAGACAGAAAAGUUUUGACUUGCAAAUGUGGGCCAGUGCCAAGUAUAAAACCAUCUAAACCAAGAAUUCACAUAGUAAAAAUUCCUGUUGAAAAUUGAAGAACUAAAUCCUUCCAGUGGUAGGGAGAAAUGGAUAUCUGUCUUAUCCUGUAAUGCAAUGAUCUAAGCUUAAAGUCAGUUAUUUCUUUAAAAGUGUUUGUUUUCUUUUUUUAUUUUUGGGAGAUUGCAGCCACAUUAAUCAGUAUGAUCAGCUGUGUACCAAUUCUCUUAGAUGCAAUUCCUUGUUUCCACAUGGAUGCCACAUUACCUGCGGGCAUGUCCCGGAUGCUGCAUGCAUACUUCAUUAGAAACUAUUAAGAACUAUAAAUAGAAUCUAGAUUGCCAUUAAGGCAUGAAUAUUGUAAUUGCUAGUUAAUGCUUUCCGCAAUAAACUAUAAUAUAGUUUGACUAAAAUAUAGUAAACUGUAAUUUAUAAUCGGGGGCUUAGAUUUUGAAGUACAGUCAAGAUGACAAUAAAUCAUGCGAAACAAA